AUGGCGGACGAUCGUAAUGAGGAUAGCCAAGUUGAGGAUGGUUCGACAGUGUCCCAAAAGGUGCUAUUUGUACGUAACCUACCCUUUUCUACGAAGGACCAAGAUCUCGAAAAUAUAUUCAGUGACGUUGGACCUAUCAAACGUAGUUUUGUUAUUCGAGACAAAGAUGUCAAGAACUCCUGUAGAGGAUUUGGUUAAGUUACAUUUGCUCUCGCCGAAGAUGCACAGAGAGCUGUAGAUGUUGUGAAAUCAUUUGGGGGAAGACAACUUAGUGUCUGCUUCGCAAAUAAAAAGCCCAAACAUGAAAAGAGGAAAAGGGAACGGGAAUUGCAUCCUGAGGUUGACAAUUAUGACAGUCACAAGAACAUUGAAGAUGAGGAACUCAAAGCAAUGGCCUUGGAUGAGAACAAAAAUGAAACUCCACCCAAAAAGAAAUUGAAGGGCAGUGAUCAAGAGGAAAGCUUAAUUAAGUCCCAGCGCAGAGAACCUGGAAAUGAUAUGGGCAGAACUAUUAAACUGACAAAACUGGCAGAAGACCUCAAUCAGAACCAUAUCAGAAAAAAAUUCCGUAAGAUUGGGCCUGUAGAAAAGGUUACAUUCCCAGCAGAAGGACAGGACAAAUCAACUGCAUUUGUCAUUUUUCAGACCCAUAAAGAUGCCAGAGAAGCUGUAAGGAAACUCAACGGAAAAAUUUUUAAAGGGAAUACUAUUGGAGUAGCACUUCUCUCUAGAGAAGGGAAGACACCUAGUCAGAGGUCUUUGAAGAAAUCCAAGGUUAUUGUAAGAAAUUUAUCAUUCAAGUGCAAUGAGAAAGACCUCAAGGAUUUUUUCACACAGUUUGGCCAGAUCUCUGAAGUACACAUUCCAACUAAGAUGGAUGGAAAACGUAAGCGCCGGCUUGGUUUUGGGUUUGUACAAUUCUGUAAUGUGUUUGAAGCUGCAAAGGCCAUAAAAGAGGCAAACAUGAAGGAGAUUGCAGGAAGACCAGUAGCUGUUGACUGGGCCCUUGCAAAAUCUGACUACAAGGAGAAAAAAGGCAAUGAAGAAACUGGGACUGAAAAGAGGAGUGUCACGGGUGAAAAGACAGAUGAUGACGAAGCUGAAGAAAUCAGCGCUGAUGUUUCCAACAUCAACUCCGACGUGGAAUCAGAUGAAGAAAAACCUGGCAGCUCUGAUACUGGAGACGACGAAGAGGAGGAAAACGAAGCCAGCGAUCAAGAACCCGAACUUGAAGAAGAAGCCUUGAAAGCAAAGAAUACCAAACAACCUUCCGACGUCAAAGAAGGCAAAACUUUGUUCUUCCGUAAUAUUUCGUUUGAUUCUAGCGAGGAAUCACUUCACGAAUUGUUUGAACAGUUUGGAGAGGUAGACUACUGUAAGAUGGUGGAGGACAAACGGACCGGUCACAGCCGUGGAAUGGCGUUUGUGAAGUUCAAAACGGCGGAAGGCGCCGAAAAGUGUCUUAUGGAGGCCAACAAAGAUGAAUCGGGCAUUUCGCUGGACAAUUUUAAACUGAAUGUGACGAAGGCAGUAACGCGUGGAAAGGCGGCCGAACUAGCAAAAGAGAAGAAGAUGGACGGGAACAAGGACACGAGAGACAAACGCAAUUUGUACCUGGCCAAAGAAGGUCUCAUUACAUCCGGCUCAGAAGCUGCUCGGGGCUUGUCCAAAGCUGAUUUGCUGAAGAGACAGAAAGCUGAAGCAGAGAAGAAAACAAAGCUAGAAAAUCCAAAUAAUUUCGUCUCAACAACUCGGCUUUGUGUUCGAAACCUACCUCUGAACGUCGACGAUAAGAAAUUGCAAGAGAUCUUUGGCACCGCCACAGGAAAGAGGGUGCGCGUGAAGAAAGUGCUGAUCAUCCGGAGCAAAGAGCGAUUGGACAGCGCAGGGCGUGGACGCUCUAUGGGAUACGGGUUUAUAGAAUUCACCAAUCACAAAGACGCUCUGGCCGCUCUGCGAGUCACCAAUAACAAUCCAGCCCUAUUUGGACCGGACCGUCGGCCAAUUGUGGAUUUCUCUAUAGAAAAUGGCCUCGUCCUCAAGGCAAAGCAGCGGCAUGUAGAGAAGGCUCAACACAAGCAGCGGCAGAGCGUCGACGAGCAUGCGAUCAAUGGGCAGCCCAUGACGAACAAAGAGAGAAGACUGGAGAGAAAUCAGAAGCGAAGAGAAAAGCGAGUGAGAAAGAGAGAGGCAAGAAAGAAACGAAAAUUGGAACAGGGAAAGGACAUUGAAGGCGACAAAAAAAAUGAGGAAAGAAACAAAGUUGGAAAGGCAGAGAACAGUGCAAACUUAUCGUCGUCGAAAACGAAGAAAUUUAAAAAAUUGACUAAAAUGGAUGGUACAGUAUCUGAGUCGAAUCUAGAUAAAAGGAGUGUUAAAAGAAAUGAACAAUCUCCUCUGACAGCUCUCAGAAACACGAACAGUUCUCGUGCCAAAGUCACAUCAGAUACCCCCCCAAAUGUGAGUCCUUACCUCAAAAAAGUGAAUAGAACUCGGAAAGAAACACAAGACAGUCAGUUUAAUCUGAGUAAAACCUCCGGAACUCCGAAUAGGAAGAGGAAAGGUGUCCGGACAAGACAACAGGAACACAACGACGAAUCAAAGUUCUCGGAAAUGGUGUCCAAGUACAAGAAGAAACUGUUUGGAAUGGAUAAUAGUGAAUCAUCUUCAAAACGCACGCGAUGGUUCCAGUGAUCUACCUCAGCUAAAGGAAUCAAUCUUCAUUAGAUAAGAUAAGCAAGACAUUUAGUUCAGUGUUGUUAAAACCUUCCGCUGUCCAAUUGAGAAAAGGAAAGGUCAUAGAAGAAAAAGCAAGAUGAAGAGGACGAAUCGUAGUUCUCUGAAAUAGGGUCCAAGUAUAAGAACAAGUUAUUUAUGAUGGACAUCAAUGAAUCGUCUACAAAAUGUGGGCGUUGGUUUCAGUGAUGGGUGGGAACUCAGGCUAAAAGAAAUUUUCCGCCACAUGGGCCUUAAGCUGAUGUGAUCUUUCGCAAGGCCCAUGCAUCUUUUCUUGUUCACGCGACGAAAGUCGUAGUAAGCUUAGAAGAAAAGCUUUUUAUGAAUUUCUGUUCUCGUACUUCAACAAACAGGUAAACAGAACAACAACACAUGAAUUUAUUCCGUGUGCUUCCGAAAAUUUCAUGCUACUCCACGUCCAGUAAAUUGAAACGCCCCGUUUAUGAUUAGAACAAAAAGAAAUGAAAAUUGUCAACGAGAAGUGUCGUGGAGAGGUCGAGUGGAAAGCAGAAUGAGGCAAAAAAGGAACAGGCCGAUCAUAUUUUGUCUUCAUCUGAACCAAAGAGCUUUUUUCGUAGAAGGAGUGUUUAUAAUUGGUGAUCAAUCCAUCUUCGUGAUUUAUUACACUGACUGCAAAAACGGAAGUAAAAUAGUUCACAAUGGUUCGUCUGAACAAACAAUGCAUACUGUCCAAGCGAACGGCAAAUAUUAAUGCUACAGUAUUGCUUUAAUCUUUUUUAGUUUUUUAUUAAUGGUGUUUGCUCAAGAAUACCGCGAAAAAUCGCCGAUCACUUGCAACUAAAUAUGAAACGAAGAUAAGAGUGAAAGAAACACGGUACAAUUGUGAUUGAGAUGUUGAGCCAUUCUGUAAGGUAGUUUAGUCACCAAAGACAGCGGUGUUACUAAAAGCUCUGGUCUCGAAUAAUUUAAAAUGCAAUUUUUAUUUCAAGGUUGAUAAAAUUGCAGUCAUUUUGUGUUUCUUUCACUUUGGUGAAAAAACACACGAACAGCCU